AUGGCGCAAAAUGGGGCGCAACAUCUCGGUGUCACGCCGCCGCUGUCGAAUGAUCCUCCAAAGGAGAUUGAUGUCAAACUCGGCGACAAGCUCAUGGAGGAAUUGAAGCAUCAGGGCAAUUACGAGCAUCCCGACGAGACACAAAAGAGGGCUGACGUACUAGCGAAACUCACAAGCUUGCUUCACCAACUGGUUCAGAUUGUCGGCAAGCAGAAGAGGCUCCCUCAAAACAUUUUGGAUGAGGCGGGCGGAAAAAUCUUCACAUAUGGAAGCUAUCGCCUUGGUGUAUACGGGCCGGGAUCAGAUAUCGAUACACUCAUGGUAGCGCCGCGGCAUGUGACGCGCGAGGACUUCUUCGAACACAUGCCAGGUCUGCUCCGGAAAGCAGCCGGUCCAGACGAACUUACAGAGCUCACACCCGUGCAGGGGAUUACAGUGCCCAUCAUCAAGCUCGAGAUGAACGGCAUCAGCAUCGAUCUGAUCUUCUCGGCCCUCACACUUGCUUCUGUGCCAAAAUCACUAGAACUGACGGAUAACAACCUGCUUCGGGGGCUGAGCGAAACAGAUCUGAGGUGUGUGAAUGGGACUCGUGUGACGGACAGGAUCAUGCAGCUGGUACCUCAGACCAAGAUUUUCCGAUUGGCGCUUCGUGCGGUCAAGCUUUGGGCGCAGAGACGCGCAAUCUACGGCAAUGUUGUUGGGUUCCCUGGCGGUGUUGCAUAUGCUAUGAUGGUCGCUCGCAUCUGUCAACUCUAUCCGCGAGCUGCUGCUCCCGUCAUUGUUCAGAAAUUCUUCUUCGUGAUCUCGAAUUGGAGCUGGCCUUCGCCCAUCACCCUCCAGCAAAGAGAGGUUGGUCCGCUGGCGGAGAAGGAGUGGGACCCGAGCUCGAACAAAUGGGACAAGUUCCACCUGAUGCCUGUCAUCACCCCUGCGUACCCCUGCAUGAACUCCACCGUUAGCAUCAUGCCGUCUACCAAGACCGUUCUGCUGGCUGAGCUCAGAAGGGGUCAUCAGAUCAUGGAGGACAUCUACUCUGGGAAGAAGGAGUGGAAAGACCUCUUUGAGCGCCACAGUUUCUUCUCGGCAUCGUACCAACACUAUAUCUGCAUCAUCACCGCAGGACGAACCAAGGAAGCACAACAAGCAUGGUCUGGCUUGGUCCAAUCCAGACUCCGACGACUAAUAACCGGCAUUGAGCAGUCGGAUGCUAACAGCGUAGAGCUGGUGCAGCCAUUCAACAAGGGCAUUGAUCGCCAGCAUGACUGCAAAUCGGAUGAGGAGCGCGAGGCCGCUCUUGGAGGGAGCUUGGAAAGCCAAGUUGGCCAAACGAAGACCGUCGACAAAUCUGCCGACGUCCAAGUGCAAGCUGUGGUCCAAGGCGACAGCGCAGCGCUCGAAGCAGCAGCAGGCAGUGGGGAAGUCGAGAAGCAGCAGGACGGCAUCCAAACGGUCUGGACGACGACAUUCUAUCUCGGCAUCAAGCUUUUAGAAGGCGCCAAAAACCUCGACAUAUCGUGGCCUAUCCUGGAAUUCCGACGAUUGUGCACGGAGUGGGAGCACUAUGAUUCCAACAUGCACUCCAUUCAGAUCAAGCACGUUCGAGACCACUCUCUCCCGGAUGAUGUGUUCAUUCCCGGCGAGGCGCGACCCAAGAAGAAGAAGGGGAAGAAGAACAAAACGAAUGAACCCGCUCGAGCUGGGGAUAACAAGCGCAGCGCAGACUCUGCCGGCCUACACGAGAAUGAGGAUCCUCGUGCUGCUAAGCGCGCACUGAAUGGGCCAGGGACAUCGGCCAAGGUCAACGUCUCUGCGAUGCCUGUUGGCUGA